UGUCGUUCGUGAACGAACGAACUAAAUUGAACUAUUCACCAAACUGAACGAACGAACUAGGUCUGCCUUUAUAGUUCAAUAUAGUUCGAUAGUUCAAUUUAGUUCACUUAGUUCAAUAUAGUUCACUUAGUUCACGUCGUUCAUUUUGAUCUCUUACCCUGAUCGUUCGUUCGUUGUUCACUUAGUUCGAUAGGUCGGUCUGAGUUCACUUAGUUCGAUAGGUCGGUCUGAGUUCACUUAGUUCGAUAGGUCGGUCUGAGUUCACUUAGUUCGAUAGGUUGGUCUUAGUUCAUUUAGUUCGAAAGUUCGCUUAUCGAAUAAGCUGAUUAAUUUUCGCAUACAUUUAAAACUACGGUUUACAAGUUUGUGCGUAUCUAUGGCUUCAAAACGAAAGCAUAGCAAAGUUUGGAAUUUCUUUGAUUCAGUGGAUGAGAAGAGUGCUAAAUGCAAAUACUGCAAAACUGUGCUUAGUGUGGCUGGUGGAUCGCAAGGAAACUUAUAGCGUCACCUUAAAAAUAAGCACCCAGCAGCUUUGGAGGAAACAAAGCGCCAAACCAAUGAAAGCCGACAGGAAGCAAAUACUCCUCAGAUAAUUGGACCCCAACAGCAAGUAAUAACUUCGUUCAUUCAACGACCACCGGCUGCCGGGAAAGCUGAGAAAAUUGAUAGGCAACUAGUUCGUAUGAUUGCAAAAGGUCAUCAUGCAUUGCGAAUUGUAGAAGAGCCUGAUUUCAAGCAGCUCAUAGAUGAUGUGUCUAAUUGCCCCGGAUACAAGAUGCCCACUCGAAAAACGCUGUCCAACGUGCUUCUUCCAAAGCUUCGGGACGAAAUUGUUGGUAGCGUCAAAGAAAAAAUGGAGCUGGCAUCUGCAGUUUGUUUGACAACGGAUUGUUGGACCUCUCUUGCAAAUGAAAGUUAUAUUGCUGUUACAGCUCAUUUUAUUGAGAGUGAGGCAACUGUUAUGAUUGCAUGCGAGGCAUUCGUUGAGCAGCACAGUGGUCAAAAUCUGUGCGCAUUUUUACAAAAAAUAGCAGAAAGAUGGAGUAUAGAGAACAAAAUAUCUGCUGUGGUUUCCGAUAAUGCUGCAAAUAUUGUCAAUGCCAUUAAAACAGGAAAUUGGCCACAUAUACCAUGUUUUGCACAUAGCUUGAACCUAAUUGUGCAAAAAGGACUCCGCGAAAUCAGCGUUGUACAAAACAAAGUCAAAUUCAUUGUGGAGUUUUUCAAUCGUAGCACUUUCGGCCUUAAGAAGCUGAAGUCAACUCAAACCCAAUUGAACUUGCCCGAUCUCAAAUUGAUUCAAGAUGUGUCAACUCGUUGGAAUUCAACUUUUAAAAUGCUAGAAAGGCUUGUUGUGUUGAAAGAUGCUCUUAUAUUAACACUUUCUACUCUGCGUUCUGAAUUAAACUUAUCUCAGAAUGAGUGGGCGAUAGUAGAAGAGUUACUGCCUAUAUUAAAACCAUUCAUGGAGGUAACAGAAGAAAUAUCAGCAGAAAAGAAUGUAACCCUUUCAAAGGUUAUAGUUCUUGCGAUUUUGCUACAGAACUGUUUGAAUAACAAAACGCCUAAGGAUAAAUGUGUUGCUGCACUUGUUGCAGUUCUAAAAGCUGAGAUGAAUCGACGAUUUUGCAAGCUGGAAAGUAACGAACUCUACGCAGAGAGUAACAUUUUAGAUCCUCGAUUUAAAGGUCGUUGGUUCAAGUCAAAAGAAGAAUACGAAAAAGCUGUUUGUAAUCUUAAAAGGAAAGUAACUCCAAUUCGUCUCAACAGCGAAAAUUAUGAAUUCGAAUCACCUGCGUUUGAAACUAAUUCAGCCAAUCAGAGUUCGGUUUGGUGUGAUUUUGACAGUGAGUUCAAGAACACGACAAAGGCUGCAAACACUACCGGUUCUGCCGAGAAAGAGAUGGAAAAAUACCUCGAAGAGGAAUUUAUACCGAGGACUGCUGACCCUUUGGUUUGGUGGGAACAAAGAAAGAAAUUGUAUCCGCAUCUAUAUUCUUACAGCCUUAAGCGACUAUGCCUUAUGGCUACAUCAGUUCCUUGCGAACGCCUAUUUUCAAGUGCUGGGGAAAUCAUCCGAAAAAGACGGAUGCUACUAAAACCUAAUAAAGUGGAAAAUCUAAUGUUCCUUCAUAGCAACAUGUAGAUGGAUCACAGAAAUCAAAUAAAUGCAUUAAAAUUACUAUAUUAUCU